UGCUUGCCUGCCUGCUUUUCCUCCCAUGUGGCAGUGGGUCUCUAUUUCCACAACACAGGAGCUGGCCAAGCUGUGCCCACUCAUGAAUGGCAGUUGUGUGGGAAAUCAGGAAAACAAAGCCGACAGCUCCUGGGUUCUUCCCAACUUGCCCAGCAAGUGCACGUGGACACCUACAACGCCUGCCACCAAGUCCCCACACUCCUGUGUGCCCGUGCCAGAAGAAAAAAAGAUCUUGCCCAACAUCCUGAAGAGAAUUGGCUGCACCCCAAUGGUCCGAGUCAACAAGAUUGGGGAGUCCUAUGGGCUCAAGUGUGAGCUCUUGGCAAAAUGCGAGUACUUCAAUCCAGGGGGCAGUGUGAAGGACCGCAUCGGCCUGAGGAUGGUGGAAGAUGCAGAGCGAGCUGGGAUUAUUAAACCAGGAGACACUCUGAUUGAACCCACUUCAGGAAACACAGGAAUCGGGCUGGCAAUGGUAGCUGCAGUGAAAGGUUACCGCUGCAUUAUUGUCUUGCCGGAGAAGAUGAGCACGGAGAAGGUCGAUAUUCUGAAGGCGUUGGGUGUUGAAAUUGUGAGGACCCCAUGCACCCGCUUUGAUGCUCCAGAGUCUAACGUUCGUGUGGCCUGGAAGUUGAAAAGUGAAAUCCCAAACUCUCACAUCCUGGACCAGUACCGAAAUCCAAGCAACCCCCUGGCUCAUUACGACACCACGGCAGAGGAGAUCCUGGAGCAGUGUGAAGGCAAGGUCCACAUGGUGGUGGUUGGGUCUGGCACAGGAGGCACCAUCACUGGCAUCGCCAGGAAGCUGAAGGAGAAAUGCCCAGAAUGCAAGGUCAUUGGCGUGGACCCUGAAGGCUCCAUUGUCGCUCUGCCCAGUGAGAUGAACACAACAAGCACCACAAACAUUGAAGUGGAGGGCAUUGGGCAUGACUUUAUCCCUACUGUCCUUGACAGAUCAGUGGUUGAUCAGUGGUAUAAAUGCAACGACAGAGACUCAUUCCUCAUGUCUCGCAGGCUGAUCAGAGAGGAGGGACUAUUGUGCGGAGGCAGCUCGGGCAGUGCCAUGUCUGUUGCCGUGCAGGCAGCCAAGGACCUGAAGGAAGGUCAGCGUUGUGUCGUCAUCCUGCCUGACUCUGUCAGGAACUACAUGUCCAAAUUUUUGAAUGAUAAGUGGAUGAUAAAAAAUGGUUUCCUAAGUGACGUCCAGGAGCACAAGCCUUGGUGGUGGAACAUCAAGGUGCAGAAACUGAAUCUCUCAGCCCCUCUCAUUCUCCUCCCAGAAGUCAGCUGUAAAAAGGCAAUUGAGAUCCUGCAGAAGAAGGGAUAUGACCAAGCUCCUGUUGUUGCUGAAUCAGGGCUUAUUUUGGGAAUGGUGACCCUCAGCAACACCCUUACCUCAGUGCUGGCUGGAAACGCGCAGUUCUCAGACUCUGUCACAAAGGUCAUCUACGACCAGUUCUCAAAGAUUGGCCUGGAGGACAGCCUCGGCAAACUUUCCUGCAUCCUGGAGAAUGACCACUUUGCUAUUGUUGUACAUGAGCAAAUGCAGUUCGAUGGGAAUGGCAGCUCCUUCAUGAAGCAGAUGGUGUUUGGCGUGGUCACAGCGAUGGACCUCCUCACCUUUGUCAGCAGAAACGAGAAGAAGUAGCAGAGCAGCUGGUUGUACCCUCCUCUGCUCCUCCGGCAGGGCCAGCUGCCCCCCGAGCCUCCACCUCCCAGCCGAGGUGCUUUCUGGUCUGAUCCAGCUGAUUGUUUCUCAGAAUGACUAGGUGAAAAUCGUACCGUAAUGACCAUUUGUCCUCUAAAUGCCAUCCCGGAAUACCACUAACGAGAAGAUAACUAAAGAAAUUGCAUUUAAUAGUCAUGAGUGGUUACACAGAGCUUCCCAGGGAUGGAGAGGUAAUGCAGGGAGGGGUGGGAAUGGGACAGGAAAGGUUGUUAUUGCCAAGAUUUUAGCAGGUGGGGGUUUG